AUGCUCGCAAGUGCCCGCGCACUGAACCGAUCGCUGACUCAGCGAACUUUUUCUUUUGCUGGAUUCGGGGACUCGCGAGUAACUGGACCUCACGCGAGCUCUGUCCGGCGCCUCUGCACUGGGCGCUUGGGUGCUGGGGCAGCUCGGCUUCCCGAGAACAUUGCGCCAAACAUCCUGCGGGAACUGACAAGUGCAUUCAGUGCAGGUAAAGAAAGCCCGGUUUCGAUACGAGAACUGCGCCGGGCGCUUUUUGACACUGUGACAGGACUUUCACCUGCAUAUGUCGGUCACGCCAAGGCGCUGGCGCUUCUCGCCUGGAAGGCACCUGGGCACUAUGCUGCACUGCGCAGCGUCUUGUUGCGUUUAUCCAUAAUGCGACCAGCCUGGUCACCGAAGCAUAUCCUCGAUAUUGCGAGCACCUCUGGGGGAAUGGGCAUCGUAGCUGCUCAGGCAACAUGGCCCUCUACGAAACUCGAUGCCGUGCUCCUGCACUCACACCUUGAGGCGACCGCGGCGUGCCAAACGUGGCUGCGUGCGGAUACGAAAACGCGUUCCUAUUUGGAAUCCCCUGACGACUAUGACCUAAUCACCGCCGUGCAUUGUCGAUCUGAUGGCGGCGCUUACGAACGAAGCCUCGACUUCUUCGAGCAGCUUUGGAUGCGCUGUCGGGGGAUGCUCGUGAUCAUCGAGCCCGGUUGUGCUGAAGGUUUUGCCCGUAUGGAAGCUGUGCGCAGCCAUUUACUGCAGCGCUUCCAUUCCUCCGUGAAAGUCGCGGCACCGUGCCCCCAUUCCGGUCCGUGUCCGCUGAGCACGAAGCACAAUACCAAGAUCGCGGCGGAGCGGGGCGAACACGGCUACCGCCACAACUUUUGCCAUUUUGCUCAACGCUAUCAUCGAGAUCCAUCCCUGAAAGCGUUCGGCGCUCUGGAUCGCGAAGGAAAACGUAUGAUGCCCUCGCAUCGGGGUCAUGCUCUGCGCAGAUACGCUUACGUUGCGCUGGAACGAGUCCAGGAGGACGACGGCGACGACGCUGCGCGCGCCGCAACGCAGUCACAGGCUCCACCAGGUCGAAUUCUGCGGGAGCCGCUACGACGUGGAGGCCACGUUGUCAUGCAUGUCUGCCAGCGCAACGGCCAAAUUGAACAGCACACAUAUACGCGUCGCAAGCACGCAGACGGAACCUAUCAAAGAGCGCGGCAUGCUGCCUGGGGCGACGAAUGGGACGCUUCUGAUCGAGACGCAGCAUGUGGACUCGCUGAUGCAGAGACACCGCUCGACCGUGCAGGGACGAAUGUGUCCUGA